GAGAGAAAAUGAGAGAGAGAAAGAGAGUAGAGUAAGAGAGCAACAGAGACAGGGCAGUGUGAGAUAGUGAGUGAGGACAGAGUGAGAGAAGCAGAGAUUGUUGAAGAGGAGAGAAGGGCUACAGUGUUUGCAGCGGACAGAUCGGGGGGAAUUAAAGCAGCCUCAUUACCUCCAGGCUGAAUCAUUUGAUCGUCGUAGCUCAGGAGUGGCGCUAAACCUGGAUCCCCUCAGGCAGCCAUGUCGGACCAGGAAGACCUCAACAAAAUGGCGGGCCACUGGAACGCGUCGUCGGACUACCAGCUGAACCCGGCCAGCGUGAUCGUGUCGGUGGUCUUCUCGCUCAUCUUCCUGCUGGGCACGGUGGGGAACAGCCUGGUCCUGGCGGUGCUCCUCCGGAACGGGCAGAUGGGCUACAACACCACCAACCUGUUCAUCCUCAACCUGAGUGUGGCCGACUUCUUCUUCAUCAUCUUCUGCGUGCCCUUCCAGGCCACCAUCUACUCCCUGGAGGGCUGGGUGUUCGGCUCCUUCAUGUGCAAGGUGGUGCACUUCUUCAUCAACCUCACCAUGUACGCCAGCAGCUUCACGCUGGCCGCCGUGUCCGUCGACAGGUACCUGGCCAUCCGUUACCCCCUGCGCUCCAGAGAGCUGAGAACUCCGUGCAAUGCGGUGGUCGCCAUGGUGAUCAUCUGGGGCCUGUCGUUGAUCUUUGCGGGGCCCUACCUGAGCUACUAUGACCUCAUCGACUUCGACAACGGCAACGUGUGCGUGCCGGGGUGGGAGGAGUACAACCGGAAGGUUCUGGACACCUGCACCUUCGUGUUCGGGUACGUGAUACCGGUGCUCAUCGUCAGCCUGUCCUACACCAGGACCAUAAAGUACCUGUGGACCGCCGUGGACCCCCUGGACGGCAUGUCCGAGUCCAAACGGGCCAAGCGGAAGGUGACCAAGAUGAUCAUCAUCGUCACCGUGCUCUUCUGCAUCUGCUGGCUGCCCUACCACGUGGUGAUCCUCUGCUACCUGUACGGGGACUUCCCCUUCAACCAGACCACCUACGCCUUCCGGCUGCUCUCCCACUGCAUGGCCUACGCCAACUCCUGCCUCAACCCCAUCGUCUACGCCCUGGUGUCCAAGCACUUCCGCAAGGGUUUCAAGAAGGUCUUCAGCUGCAUCCUCAGCAAGAAGGGCCGGAACAAGGUCCACGUGGUGCACGUGGCCAACACCGUGCCCGGGUUCGAGGCCGGGUCCACGGAGGUGUCCCACGUGAACGAGGAGAACAACGGGCCCCAGAACGACUGCGAGAUGGGGAACCGGCCCCUCGCGGCCCCGCAGGACGCCCUGGCGACGGAAGCCUCGCCUUUCCAGAAGCGCCCGUAAGAGGAUCGCUGCGGGGACUCUCUUUUCUUUUGCCGGUAUCCGUCUGCCAACAAACGGGCAGUAUGGCUUGCUCGUUUUCUGCUGUGACUGCAUAAUUGACUCUGCUUUUAAAGAGAGAGAAAAUGCUCUUCUGGCAGAAGCCACAGUAGGAUGAUGUUCAAAUGAAUGAAACGUUUUGGACACAUGCUGUCCAUUAUUGAUCGGAUUUACUGUAUGCUAUGCGUAAGUCUGGUUGAAUUGCUCAGCAUGUUUAUUUUUCGAAAUCAUAAACAUUACUUACAAAGUGAAUUCUUGAAGACUGAAAUGUAUCCAAAAUGAUCAUUCACUAAAUGCACUUGAUUAAUCUCGGGUUAUUUAACCUUUUCAUGCCCAAAGCCUUGAUUACAGUAGCUGUUUCUGCACUAAGCCUUGCACUAUAGGUCUUCUUAAACAUAAAAAUGUGAAAGCUGUCAAGGUUCUUCUCCUUAGUUUAAUUAUCCCUAUACUUGUUCAUCUUCUACCUGCAGUCCUACUCCUGAGACAGAAUUCUUACACUCCUCUUUCCAUCUGCAAUAGAACUGUACAGACUCUCUGAUUUGUGCCAUUGCCUAAACCAAAGGUGGGCAAGGAGGACCUUGUCUGUUUCUGGAUAUAACACCAACUUCUGAUCUUAAUUAUUCCUUCACCACAAUCAUAUGCAAGAGCUGAUAUUAAAUUUAUUGAUUUUAUUAAAAAUAACUGUCUUUGUGUCCCUGAAGGGAACAUUUUACUGUGGCCUAAUCUGUGAGUGAAUCAGCAUUAUUUUAGCUGAUUAGCCAUUUUAAGCACAUUAAUGGAUGGGAAUUGAAUUGUCCACCCGUGACCUAAAAGACCUUAAAAGUGCUAUUCACUUGUUUCUUUAUUGCUAUACUUGUUCACUGUUUAUUAUGUAGUGUUCUUGAUGGUCAUAUAUGAAUUUCAUUGUGAUUUUCCUCCUUGAUGUUUGAUGUUCUUCAGCUUCCUUUUAACUGAGAUGUAAUUUAUUUUCUUAUCUGUGUUUUGUGUUCCAAAAAAUAGCAAAAUAUUGUAAGCACUGAUAUGUAGGGAAAAGAUUAUAUGCUGUGUUUCUUGUUUAUUGAAUGUCGGCUGACAUCAGUACUGGUGUCAAAUUAUUGGAAAAUAGAAAAUGUUGUAACUUUAAGCAGCUGUGUACAAAAUGUAAAAUCCUUUAUUGUUACAUGCUGCACAUGGAUUGUUGUGUGUUAAUAAAGUUGCGCAGUUUACAGUUCAUUGAAAAAAUAUGUGAAAAAUUUUACAUUGUUUCAGCCAGUAUUCCAGUACGCAAAAGAAAAAUGUGCAUGCAUUUUUCUACAGGGUUUAAUCUUAUUCUUUCAUAUUUUAGAAUGCAGAAUAAAUUCAGAAUAAAGUAACUGAUGUUUUCAAAUCAUUAUUCUUCACCAGUACUGCAAGUAUAAGACUGGUUUUAAGUUUGUACGUAUGCAUACUUAAUGUUCUGUGUCCUUUUGACACCAAAGUAAGUAUACUGAUCUUCUACGCGGAAAGCUAUGAAUGUUGAUCAUUGAGUGGGUCUAACAUAGCUAACAUAGUAUUUUAGCACUACUCAAUUUGAGUCAUAAUGCAUGAACUAAAAUUAAAUAAAAAUUGAAUAGAUGAGGGGACAGCUUGGAUUUUGUUUUGCUGUGGUGGAGUAAGCUAGGUCUCAAAACUGACAAUAAGGAGCUAUGGAGGCCACAUAAAACACUUCAGAGAAAACCAAAAAAAAAAAAAAGCUCUAGAUCAGCAUUGCAUGUUAUUCAGCUUGGAAGGUAGAAAGGGUGGACUGACAUACCACAAAACAGAGAGAAACUCAUUUGCAAGAGGCUGCAAAAACAUACAUUUUCUUAUUAAACCUAUUGAAAGUGCUCAGUGCAAGGAAGUACAAAUGUUUCAACAAUCAGAUCAUCCUAAAUGUCAACAAAAGACAGGCACACCUUUACAUAUAAGUUACUGAACUAUACACAGGUGGUGCUAAUUGGCAAUUCAUAGAUGGUGAAUUAAAGGAGAGUGGAAAAAAAACAAAGAUUAUGUACUUUAGCUACGAAAUGAGGUAUCAUUUAAUGAGAUUGUGUGAAUAUUUCUGGAGAUAUGACUGUCUGAAUAUUGUGUUUUUGCAAAACAGUUUUGAGAAAACAACUGGCUUUAAAGAUUUUGUAGUGAAUUUUGCCAUUUCUCAUCAUAAAAUAUACCCUCAUACCAGGAA